AUGACGAGGAUGUCAGCACCUGAUCAAAGAGAAAAUAAUUCGACAGUCUUGUUUCGUUCACUCUAUGAAUUAAAUAUGGAAGUGAAAUACUAUGGAGAAAUGUGGUCAAACGAAGAGAUAUAUGUAUUUAAGUAUAUAUUAUUGCACGCCCCCUAUUUACAUACAUUAAAAAUGAAUUAUUUAAUAUUGGUAUCAAUAACAAACAAAUUUUCAGUUGACGUAGAAUUGUACAAUCGAAUUAAGUGUUUAGAAUUGUAUAAAGUUCAUUAUCGUCAAUGGUCAAGAAAUGUGAAUUUUAUUGAGAAUUUCGCAAAAUUCUUUCCAAGAUUAACUAAACUCCAUCUGUAUCCAUCUACUUUGUGUUAUCCCGUAGAACAAUUUAUUCCAGUUGUUAACCAAUUAAUUGAACAUUUACCAUAUUUGUCAAUGCUAUAUAUUCAAAGAUUCUAUGAGUACAAUCCUAAUAACAAUCAAAAGUUUUCACCUCCACACGGCGAAAAAUUAUUAGAAGAAUUAAUCUUGAAUGAUAGUGAUUGUUUAAAAAAUCGUCAAUAUUUAAUAGCAUCGUACUAUAGGUCACUGAUAAUUUGGCUUUAA